AACCCUAAAAAUCUUGGAAUAUAAAGUUGGUGAAGACAAAAAAGGCUGCAACCCCAUUUGAGAGAGAAGAUAAGAUGCAGAUCUUCGUGAAAACCCUAACGGGUAAGACGAUAACCCUCGAAGUUGAAUCCAGCGAUACCAUCGACAAUGUCAAGGCCAAGAUUCAGGACAAGGAAGGUAUUCCACCGGACCAGCAGCGACUGAUCUUUGCUGGUAAACAGCUUGAAGAUGGGCGUACACUGGCGGAUUAUAAUAUCCAAAAAGAGUCGACUCUGCAUCUUGUUCUGAGGCUCCGUGGUGGGAUCAUUGAACCAUCGCUUAUGGCAUUGGCAAGGAAAUACAACCAAGAUAAGAUGAUUUGCCGCAACUUGCAGACUUUGGAGCUCUGUGCUUGGCUAAAGGAAAAUUGAGGUUCUUGGAAGGCAUCUAAUGUGUGAAAAUCUACCAAAUAUUAUCUGCUAUCAACUAUGUUUCUAGAUUCCCCCACUUAGCCAUUUUACACAUUUGUGUUCUAAUAUUUUUUUAACUUAUGGGUUUAUCACGAGAAUGUAGUUAGAAUAUGAUGUACUGACUUAUUUAUUUUGAAAUGGUAAUAUGGUAUACGGAGAAUCUGUUGUUUGCUCAAGAAACUGUUGAACACGUUAGUCUUCACUUCAGUCAUUGUUAUAUAAUUUAAGGGCACACAUGUAUCCAGAAAUCCAGUUUAUAAUCACAUUUUUGCUGCAUAGGUGCUAUGCUCGUUUGCAUCCUCGUGCUGUGAACUGCAGGAAAAAGAAA